AGAUAUGGAAAAAUAGACGUGAUUGUGUCAAACGCUGCUGCCAAUCCAUCCGUUGAUACUAUUCUGGAAACUAAAGAAUCUGUCCUUGACAAGCUAUGGGAAAUUAAUGUUAAAGCCGCUAUACUUCUUCUACAGGAUGCAGCUCCUCACUUGCAGAAGGGUUCAUCAAUUAUUUUUAUUUCCUCUAUUGGUGGCUACCAACCACAGGCUUCCAUGGCUAUGUAUGGGGUGACCAAAACUGCUCUUCUUGGGCUUACCAAGGCCCUUGCAGCUGAGAUGGCCCCUGAUACACGUGUAAACUGCAUUGCUCCUGGUUUUGUACCCACACACUUUGCUGAGUUCAUCACACAAAAUAGUGCUGUUAGGAAGGCGAUUGAAGAGAAGACUUUACUAAACAGGCUCGGAACCACGGAAGAUAUGGCUGCUGCUGCUGCGUUUCUGGCUUCUGAUGACGCUGCUUACAUCACUGGAGAAACUCUUGUUGUUGCUGGGGGAAUCCCUUCUAGACUUUAGUCUCUUUUCUUCUCUUCUUUUAAGUACUUUUGUUUCCGUUAUUUGCACUUUGUCAUGCCUUGAAUUCAUCAUCAAUAAAUUCACAAAUAUAGCCUUUUGAGACAGAAAAUUGGAUAACAUUAUGCUUCAUAGGCACGCUCUAUUUGAAGCAUGGAUAACAAUCUUCUUGUCAUUUAUAAUUUUGCUAAAACUAAGAAGUCAGCUUAUUUUUUUGAUUUA